AUGGUCACGCCCGUUGGCGGAGUGGGCGACAUCCUCGUCAUUUCAAAGCUCGUCUAUAAGACGGGUCUGGAGCUGAAAAGUUGUCCCGAGUCGGCCUCUGUAUAUCAAGACCUCAUUCUCGAGCUCGACGCUCUCGACCGUGCAUUGAAAAAUAUUUACACUGUUCGGCCGGGGACAUAUGAGUUGAGGACGUUGGACGCCGUUCGUGCCUUGGCAUCAGUUUGCCAAAGAUCGUUGGAAGAAUUCUUGGGGAAGAUUGAAAAGUUCAAGAAAGGUCUCGGGACGUCGCACGCUACCAAGCAUCCCUUUAGGAGACUUAGCCGUGGCUUGCAAUGGUCCUUUGCUUGGAAAGACGAAGUCGAGAAUCUGCGUAAGAGGUUGAUCCCCAAAGUCUCUACCAUCUUACUCCUUCUCGCGACACAGACAACUGAAACACUUGCCAAAGCUGAGCUAGACCGAGCCGACCUUGCCCAGGCCGCUACUGAGACUCAAAUCGCCAUUUUGCAACGCUUGGAGAAUACCAAUCUAACUGGAUAUUCGAAAAUUGACCAAGUUGUCGGCCAAGAAAGAGCAAUUUCAGACAGUUUGCUAGCUCAAAAUGGGUUGCUUCGUGAAAUUCAACAUCAAGCGACCACCAAUCCCCAAAUGAUAUCAUUGUCUGGCGACAUAUCAGCUGUGCAACGGCAAGUCGCUGUCAUCAAAGCCGAUACCACUUCUAUCAUUGACUUCAUGGCCAAGAUGAUGGUAUUCUUUAUGGAACGUGUUUCGAGAAUACAGCAGAUUGCUGAGCUUAUCUCGGGCUCUGUACAGCUGACUACAAACAUGACAAGAGACGUGCUGCAGACCAUGGCAUCCCUUCUUCAGGAGUUUUGGGAAGUUCGAGGGCAGCUCGCUCGAAUUGAGCAUUCCUUGCCCAUGAGAAUAGACUGUCCAAUGGUCCAGUUUCGAGAUGCUUUCAAGAAUGUCACCCUAUUUCCCUACCAUGUCUUUAGACAGUGGGAAGGUGCCAGAAGAUUGGUUGCCGCCAUCUUUGUGAAUCGGCGAGGACUGCGUCGUGUGGAAAUGGGUCACUGGUUCGUUACACAUGUACGCCGAGGAACAAGACUCGAGCCACAAUUUUGGGACAAUGCUAUUGAACCGGGUGACGAGUUAUUCAUGACUAUGGUCUUUGAUAACAUCGAAGCACCAGAGGGCUUCUGUCCCAUUCCAUCUUGUAAGGCGGUUACGAGGAAUGAAGAGAUAAUAUAUGGGGGUCGCCACUGCCCGAAAUGUUAUCGCCUCGUCCAGAUUUCACAGGAGCCAGCCAUACCUGUCCAUGCAAUACGACAAUCGCGGCCAUGGAUCGACAAAGAUAGCCGUAGCUCUAUUUCCUCCACAGAUACCUCUCUUGCAAAGCCAUUCAUUGCAUGCAACUAUGGAUCCACGCAGACGCUGCAAGAAAACCCUAAGGCACCGCCAUCGGCAGCUGCUGGGCCAGCCGAUCUUGAAUGCGAUGACAUCGAAGAAUACUUUUCCGUUCAAGUGGUGGUUAAAACGCAACCAAACUUGGAGAAACAUGAGUUGAUUGACAGUCUGCACCAAGCCACGGAAACAAGAGUGGAAGAAGAGACCCCAUCUGUGGAUGCUGACAGAAGCUUUCGUGUAAUCGUGCAGAGUUCCACACACUUGAAGCUAACGCUCAGCGUUGUUGGGUCUGAUACGGUGAGACAUGUCAAGUCAAAAAUCGCCCGCCGCGAGAGAGCUCCUGCAGAAAAUCAACAGUUAACCUUCACCGGCAAACCAUUGAGAGAUGAGAAGACCUUGUCCGAAUACGGCAUUCAGCAAGAUGACACAAUUCAUUUGAUCAUUAUAUCCAAGAGAAAACGAAAAGAUGAUCACUCCUGCCGAGGUAUCAAAACAUGCGAAACAAUCGACAGGUCAUAUAAGAAAAGUUCCUCAUCAUUCUCUAGCGAAAGACCAUCGACUCCGCUGGCUUGUGGUGACGAUGGCGUUGCACUUCUCCGUAAGCAUAAGCCCAACGAUCUUGACACGACCUCCCAUAUGCCGAGUGCCAACGGUGGUUCUGAAUCUAACCUUGAUACCGAUCAACCUCCACAAACGCCGAGGGGCAAACCAAGUUGCGAUUUGCCUCCUGAAAUCGCGAAUUGGAAGUCAAAAUUCCCUAUUACAUCGCCGCUGACGACGGAUGAGGACAUCAGACAAGGUGAUGUUGCAUCUGGCGGCUCUAUCAAGGAUUGGAAUCUUCCUUUCCCAAUGGUUACUUUGUCCCGGUCUGUGUCCGAUGUCGAAUCAUUAAGGAAAUGGGUCUACGACUCGACUCUCUGCCACCACGGCCGAGACGCGCCAUCAACAGGCCUUGUGCGGGAUUUUUAUUUUCUCGUACUUCGACUCAAUGAGUCUAUGGAGAAAUUGAGGAGCACUUUACAGGGCGCUCAGUCUGCCGCAGAUCGGAAUAUGAUAGAAGGCUUCUUGACUUCUGGCGAUCGUCUUAAAUACAAACUUAUCAGGUACAUGAGGGAUUGCAAUGACGUGAAGCUCAGAAAUACUCAGGCGCGACACCAGGAAGCGCCGAUGACCGCACUUGCUGAUCUGGACUGCUUUAUCACAAUGUUCAAAGAAAACACCGUGUUAAAGGCGACGAAGAAGCUGACCCAAUCAUUCCGAUUAUGGAUUUACAGAUUUGAGGUCAAUUGUGGAUUUAUUGCCAAUUGCAACGGAGGCGCCUCUCCGGUUUUCACGACAGAGUCAAUUUUAAGUCUUGGGAUUCCAGAAGUUGUUCCGGAAGCGCCGUUCCCAAUGCCAGACGCUGUCCUAGGGUCGGGCAUUAUGGAAUCAGGUUUGCUUCCUCUUGGUGACUCGACCUGUGCAUGUUGA